CCAGACUGGCCGAUCAACGAUCUGGAUAGACGUUGGCUUGGAAUCUGCGUCAGAUGUCCAUCUCCGAAUGCCACGAUCCUCCAAACCCACCCACAUUUCCUCUCCUUCUCUUCCCUCCGGACUGUUGCACUUUCCAUAUCGUUUUACGACGAGUUCCGGUGGAUCCAAGAGCAUCAGGACCAUAGCCGCUUGAAGCAACGAUGUCGACAAAAGUUUUGCAGGAGACAGUCACCAAGACUUUGGUCUUGAAAGGGUCUGUGAUCUUGACUGAUCUUACCGACGAAGUUGUGAAGGCAGAGGCGGCUGUCGCUCAUGGAACGUUCUCUGACGUAUGGAUAGGUAAUUGGAACGAUCCAAUCGAGAGACGCCCACGGCCUGUAAGUGCCUUCGUGGUGUUGUGUUGCAACGUCAGCUCACGAUAUAAUUCAGGUUGCCAUCAAGGUCCUACGUCAAGUCGUGGUACAAAUUGUUCGAGACAAGCUCAUCAAGCGACUUCAGUCAAAGGUUAUUGCUUGGCAUCGUUAUGUCAUCGCAAUGUGUCGCAGCUGUUUGGGAUAGUGCAUCUUUCACAGCGCGUUGGCAUGGUAUCGUCUUGGUGCGAACAUGGGACGCUUUGCAACUAUCUGAAGCAUUUCCCCUGCGUGAACCGAUCAAGACUUGCCUACCAUCGUCUAUGGGGACUUAAAAGGAGUCAGGCCUCUUUGUUCGUCCUCUCGUGCUUCCCGUUGACCCUCGACUCAGAAAAAGGAAACAUUCUGAUCGAUGAGCAUGUGUAUGCGAUCAUCACCGACUUUGGGCUCUCCAAGGUCAUCGAGGAAAUGUCUGACAUCAUCAGCAAGGGCAUCUCUUUCUUUGCCGGGUCAACCGGGUGGAUGGCACCAGAACUUAUUAUGUCACUGGUGGAAGACGAUGGGCAAAUUUCUCCCAUUACUACGUUUAGUGAUGUGUACGCAUUCGCUUCGGUGUGCCUUGAGGUGGCAGCCGGACGGCUCCCCUAUCCUCACAGAACAAACGACCGUGCUGUAGCUGUGGAUAUCAUUCGAGGAGUCAAACCUGCCAGGGGAGCUCGCUGCCCUGUCUAA